UGCCUAUUUUAGGAGGAGCAUCCUUUUAAAAGUCACAGUCAAAAGUUGUGUUCUGCAUGAUCAGCCUUCAUCAUGGCUUUCAAUGAGCUUUGCAAUUGGAAAGGGUUGCUUUUAGUCUCCUUCCUCUUCCUUUCUGUCCAUGGACAAACCUCAGGGCCUUUUUUCAUGGUAACAUUUCCUGCUGUGAUCCAGUCAGGAUCUGAGGCCAAACUGUGUGCAAGUGUUCUCAAGCCUAACGAGAGCCUUGUAAUGAACAUUUAUCUUGUGAAUAACAACCUAACAACAUUGCUGCUACAGGAGAAAGUUGUGGAAGAGUUUCACCGCUGCUUCAACUUCCAGGCUCCACUGACAGAGGAAAAAUCAAUGCAGAAAAUGAAGGUAGAAAUUGUGGGGGACUCUUUCAAGUUGACUAAGGAGAGGAAAGUCAUGUUCAGACAUUACCAUCCUUUGACCUUUAUCCAGACUGAUAAGCCCAUCUAUAUUCCAGGACAAACAGUGAAUAUUAGAGUUGUCACCGUGAAUACAAAUUUUGUACCCUUUGAUCAGAAGUACAAUACAGUUGUGCUUGAGGACAGUCAUCUCAACAGGAUUGGUCAGUGGACAAAUAUUACUUCAACAAAGUGGAUUUUACAGCUUUCUCAUGAGUUGAACCCAGAGGCCCGUCAAGGCAUGUAUAAACUGAAGGCUUCUAUUGGUGACAGGGUGAUCACACAUGAUUUUGAAGUGAAAAAGUAUGUUUUACCUAAGUUUGAAGUAACCAUAAAAGCCCCAAAAUUAAUGAGUUUUGGUGAGAGUGAACUGAAUAUAGAGGUUUGUGGAAAAUACACAUUUGGGCAACCUGUGGCUGGCAAAGCAAGGGUGGACGUAUGUCGGGAUCGUUUGGCAUUUCUUACUGAACCUCAGUUCACUUCACCAUGUUUUGUUGAAACCACUGAGAUAAAUAAGACAGGCUGUGCCUCCUUUUCCAUUGACUCAUCUGUCUUUUAUAACACUGCAAAUGAGAGGUUUCUGAAAGAAUCUCUUAAAGUAACAGCAAAUGUAACGUUAGAGGGAACAGAAAACACCAUGGGGACAUCUGCAGAUAUAAUUCUGACUUAUGAAAGUGGUAAAGCUACAUUUACUGAGCUACCUAAAAUGUUUGAACACGGGUCAGUUAUAGAAGGACAGAUCAAACUUGCAAAUGUCAAAGGAGCACCUGUUCAAAACAAGGAAGUAUAUGUUUUGGAUGGAAGUAUGUGGCGCUCAAAACUGCUACUAAAUCUUACUACAGACAACAACGGACUUGCCAACUUCUCACUUAAUUCAUCUAGUCUGCCAAAAAGUGAUGUUAAUCUGAUGGCAAGUGCUUAUCCAUAUUAUCAUUAUACAUCCUUUAGCAAAUUGUACAUCUUUACAGAUAAAAAAUUAGUUAAACUUCUCCAGCCAACCAUUCCACAUGCCCCAACAUUAAGUGAAUUGACAAUAGAGGAUCUUGAGGAACCAUUAAAGUGUGAUACUGAAUUUCUAGUCACCAUUAAGUAUUAUUUUGUUGGGAUGAAUCUAGAUAACCUCAUCACUGACAUCGUCUUUAUGGUCUUGUCCAGAGGAGUGAUAAUUCAUCAUGGAUUUGAGAAGGUUGAAGUGAACGCUUCAAAUGGAAUAUCAAGUGGCUCAGUGUCAUUCAAACUCUAUGUUGGUGCAGAUAUUGCUCCAGAAGUGCAGAUUCUGGCAUACUGUGCACUGCCCAGUAAGAAUGUAGUUGCUGGUAGCACAAAUUUCAAGACUGAAAAGUGUUUGAAAAACAAGGUGUCCCUGCAGUUUUCUCCAGCUAAAGCAGUUCCAGGGGAAGAAAAUACUCUACAGCUCUCAGCUGAACCUGGUUCACUGUGUGGCCUCAGUGCUAUAGAUCAGAGUGUAUUGAUCCUGGAGUCAGGAAAACGGCUGAAUACUGACAAGGUCUUCAGCCUGCUCCCAGUGCAGUCAGCAAGGGGUUAUCCUGAUGGCACUGAGGAUGCACAGAAUUGCCUUGAAGUUAGACCACGCCGAGCUCUAACAGACCAUGCUUAUGAAAGCUUGAAGACAGUAGGACUGAAGAUGGCAACAAAUCUGAUUUUGAGACGACCUCACUGUCUGACGUACGAAGGCGUGAUUUAUAACAGAGGCUUUCAUUUUGGUAAUUCAGGAUUUGCAGGUAUGCAACCAAAUCGUGCGCUAGGCGAUUCAAUGCCUCCACCUGUGAAAACAGUUCGUACCCUUUUCCCAGAAACAUGGAUCUGGCAACUCAAUGAAGUAGGAGACUCUGGAUCGACACAGGUUCCUGUCAAGGUUCCUGACACCAUCACCACUUGGGAGACGGAGGCUUUCUGUCUGUCCUCCAAAGGUCUGGGUCUAGCUCCUCCUGCUCAGCUCACAGUUUUCCAGCCCUUCUUCCUGGAGCUCUCUCUACCUUACUCCAUCAUCCGUGGGGAGAUAUUUGAGCUGAAGGCCACUGUCUUCAACUAUCUGCCCAAGUGUAUCAUGGUUAAAGUAACUCCAGCUCAUUCUUCAGACUACACUCUUAAAGCCUCCUCUAAUGAUCAGUAUUCAUCCUGUUUAUGUGCUAACGGAAGAAAAACCUUUAAAUGGAUUCUCACUCCUUCUGUUCUUGGAGUCUUGAAUAUUACGGUCAGUGCAGAGGCAGAACAGUCCCAGACUGUGUGUGACAAUGAGAUUGUGAGCGUGCCAGAGAGAGGACGCAUUGACAUAGUUACACGAAGUCUGCUUGUACAGGCUGAAGGAACUGAAAAGACAGAGACCCACAGCUGGUUAAUGUGUCCAAAGGAGAACAGUCUCUCAGAGGAGGUGGAUCUGACUCUUCCUAAAGAAGUGAUAGAGGGAUCAGCCAGAUCAUCAGUAUCAGUCCUUGGGGACAUAUUGGGCCGUGCGCUACAGAAUCUUCAUGGAUUAUUACGGAUGCCAUAUGGCUGUGGAGAGCAGAACAUUGCUGUUCUUUCUCCCAAUAUUUACAUUCUACAGUACCUAGAGAACACUGAGCAGCUUACAACAGCCAUUCAAGAGAGAGCCACCGGCUUCCUUAAGAGUGGAUACCAGAGACAACUGAACUACAAACAUUAUGAUGGCGCAUACAGCACAUUUGGCCAUGAUCAAGCGAAUACAUGGUUGACAGCUUUUGUCCUGCGGUCUUUUGGCAAAGCACAGAAAUACAUAUAUAUUGAUCAAAACGUUCUUCAGAGUGCAAAGGAAUGGUUGAUAAGCCAGCAGGAUCCAGAUGGAUGUUUUAUGCAACAGGGAAGACUGUUCAACAAUGGCAUGAAGGGUGGAGUAAAUGAUAAUGUGACCAUGACUGCUUACAGUACUGCAUCAUUUCUUGAACUGCAAACUCCAAUCACUGAUCCUGUAGUUUCCAAAGGUUUGUCAUGCUUGAGGUCCGUCAUUGGGAAUCUCAAAAACACUUACACCACUGCUCUGCUUGCCUACACUUUCAGCUUGGCUAGAGAGACGGACACUCGACAGCAGCUAUUAAAGGAGCUGGACAAAGUUGCUAUUUCAGAUGGAGGUCAUCUGCACUGGUCUCAAGUAGCAUCUGAUGAUGCAUCUGAUUCUCUGGCAGUGGAGAUCAGUUCAUAUGUGCUGCUAGCGGUUCUCACUACAGAUUCAGUCAAUACAGCUGAUUUGGGUUAUGCCAACAGGAUUGUCAGCUGGCUUGUGAAGCAGCAGAAUGCCUAUGGAGGAUUCUCCUCCACCCAGGACACAGUUGUGGCCCUUCAGGCUCUGUCUUUGUACGCCACUAAAGUGUUCAGCUCAGAUGGCUCCAGCACAGUGACUGUACAGUCUGCAGGAGACACUCACCACUUUGAUGUGAAUCAGGACAACAAGUUAUUGUACCAGGAGAGGCCACUGCAGAACGUUCCAGGCAAAUACAGUAUUGAAGUGAAGGGCUCCACCUGUGUGUCUGUGCAGAUGGCUCUGUUCUACAACAUUCUCAUCCCAGCUGAGUCUAAAUCUUUGAGUGUUGAAGCUAAGAUUGAGGGAGAUUGCAAAAAAUAUUUUGGACAAAUCCUAUUUGUGACUUUCUCUGUCAAAUAUGAUGGUCCACAGGCAAGAACUAACAUGGUCAUUGUGGACAUUAAAUUGUUAUCAGGAUUCAUAGCUGAUACAUCAUUGCUUCAAUCUCCACUACAUUCAAAUGCAUCAUUUGUGGAGCGUGUUGAUUCUAAAGAUGAUCAUGUCAUAGUUUAUUUGAAAGAGGUUCUAAAAAAUAUUCCUUUGCAUUACCAAAUACAACUGAAGCAGGUUCUUCCAGUAAAGAAUCUCAAGCCAGCUGUGAUCAAAGUAUACGAUUACUACCAACCACGUGAUGAGUCAGAGACUGUGUACUCCUCCCACUGUUAAUGAGAUUGAAUUGUGCUUCAGUUCUGCAGAUAUGUAGUGCACCUUGGAUAAAGAUGUUUGAACAUUUACUAAAUCUUAAAGUUAUCUUUUGCUCAGUUUUGUUUUUUCUUUAUUUGUAAAGUCAUUUUAAUGUCUAAUAAUAAAACCUAUCAGCUUUAAAA